GCUCAUGUAUCCUAUAAAUAUGGACUCUUUUCACCUCUUGCCAAUGCACACAACUUACAACUCUACACACUCAAAAUCCUUCACUCUUAACAUAUGGCAUCAAAUGCACUCUUGAAGCUCUCCUUGCUAAUCCUCCUAGCCAUAAUAUUCUUGGCUUCCUCGGAGCCCAUGCUCGACCGCAAAAUGAAAGAAACCAAACUCGUCUUCUACAUGGACGACUGGGGGACUGGCGCGGAUGCCACCGCUUUCAUGGUUGGGGGCAUCCCUAAGAAGCAGUGGGGGGUCCUCCAGUUCGGGACCGUCUAUGCCACGGAUGACAAGCUGACCGAAUCCUACGACCGGAACUCGACCGAGGUGGGACGAGCGCAGGGGCUGUAUGUGAACUCGGCACUCGACGGCUCAGAUUUGCACCUGGUCAUGUCGCUCGUGUUCACCAGCGGGGAGUUCAAUGGCAGUACCCUCGAGAUACAGGGUGCCGAUAGGUUCUAUCUGAAGUACCGGGAGGUGUCCGUGGUGUCUGGGACCGGAAAGUUCCGGCUUGCCAGGGGAUAUAUCGUUCUGGAAACCGUUUUCAUCGACAUAAAGAACUCAAAUGCCAUUAUCCGUUGCAACGUCACAGUUUACCACCACUAAGUCACAUGUUGAGUACUAUUUAGCUCAAAAAUAAAAGUGGGAUAAUGGGUUUCUUUCGGUUUUUCAUAGGCAGAUAUGUAAUAAGGCGAACAUUGCCUUUCUUUUUUUCCCUUUUCUUUAUUCCGCGUGUACCCUAAUAUUAAGAAGGUCAUUGAAUUCCAAAUUAUCCAGUUCGAA